AUGGAAUGCCUGCGGAGCCUGGCCCAGCUCCUGCCCCACGUGGUGGGGCUGCCCAGGCGCAGCCUGUGCGCUCUGGCCUUGGGCCUGACCCCCGGCACUCGCCCCGUCGUCGCCUACGGCCGCGCCACCGAAUUGCUCGGAAGGAGGCGGGCCGCGCCGCUGUGCUGGCCCCGCCGGCUCCCCGUGACAGGUGAAAUUUACCGGACUAGAACUUCUGAUGUGUCUCAAGCCACUUUAGCCAGUGUAUCCCCGGUGUUUACUGUGACAAAAUUUGACAAAGAAGGAAAGGUGACUUCUUUUGAAAGGAAGAAAACUGACUUAUAUCAAGAAUUAGGUCUUCAAGCCAGAGAUUUGAGGUUUCAGCAUUUAAUGAGCAUCACAACCAGAAACAAUAGGAUUAUCAUUCGAAUGGAGUAUUUGAAAGCUGUGAUAACUCCAGAGUGUCUUCUGAUACUCGAUUACCGUAAUUUGAACUUGGAGCAGUGGCUUUUCCGGGAGCUCCCUUCACAGUUGGCUGGAGAGGGCCAACUUGUCACAUACCUUUUACCUUUUGAGUUUAGAGCUAUAGAAGCACUCCUGCAGUAUCGGAUCAACACCCUUCAGGGGAAACUUAGCAUUGUGCAACCGCUGAUCCUUGAGACACUGGACGCUUUAGUGGAUCCCAAACAUUCUUCCGUAGACAGAAGCAAACUGCACAUCUUGCUACAAAAUGGCAAAAGCUUGUCAGAGUUAGAAACAGAUAUUAAAAUCUUCAAAGAGUCCAUUUUGGAGAUCUUGGAUGAAGAGGAGCUGCUGGAAGAGCUCUGCCUGACAAAGUGGAGUGACCCGCGAGUCUUUGAAAAGAGCAGCGCUGGGAUUGACCAUGCAGAGGAGAUGGAGUUGCUGUUGGAGAACUACCACCGAUUAGCUGAGGAUCUUUCCAACGCAGCUCGGGAACUCAGGGCACUGAUCGAUGAUUCACAGAGUAUCAUAUUCAUCAAUCUGGACAGCCACCGUAAUGUGAUGAUGAGGUUGAACCUACAGUUGACCAUGGGAACCUUCUCUCUUUCGCUCUUUGGGCUAAUGGGAGUUGCUUUCGGAAUGAAUUUGGAAUCUUCCCUUGAGGAGGACCAUAGAGUGUUCUGGCUGAUCACAGGAAUUAUGUUUAUGGGAAGCGGCCUCAUCUGGAGGCGCUUGCUGUCAUUCCUCGGACGACAGCUGGAAGCUCCGCUGCCUCCUCUGAUGGCCUCUUUACCUAAGAAGACACUGCAGGCAGACAGAAGGCUGGAAAUGAAACACAGUUUCAGGCCGGAUGGACUUGGAUCAAGCAGGGGUGUCCUAACAGAUCGUUAG